AUGCCAUCGGCGUCCAGGUACUCUAGGUACGAUCCGGACCGUCGGUCAAGAUCGCCGAGAGACAGAUCUCCAGACCGCUUCGACAGGUCCUCUCAGUAUGGGGACAAUGAUCGUCGUCGAUCCUCGGCAGAAGGCAGGUCAAAUUCGUCUGGAUUUCCACCUAACCGCGAUGGAUUCGGCGACUCAUUACGGAGAGAACCCCCCAGGGGCCCCAAGGCUCUUGUCGACGCCCCGAGCGGUCCUAGAGGAGGUGGCUUCGUGGGCGACUUUCGCGGUCGAGGACGAGGCAGGGGCAGACCUUGGCCCUCGCGAGACGAAAGCAGAGAUCGUGGGAGGGAUCGCGACAUAGAUUACCGGGACCGCUAUCGCGAUGAGCGCAGUCGGGAGCGCGACCGUGAUCGUGACCGCGAACGAGACCGGGACCGGGACCGGGAGAGAGAUCGAGAUUGGAGGGAAUCGCGAGACUUCAGGGCCCGUCGCUCACCGCCUGGGCGUGGACGAACACCACCACGAGAUUUUCGCGAUAGAGACAGAGACGGCCCCCCACCAGAUGCCGAUAGAUCUCGUCGGGGGUCUAGGGACGGCGGUCCUCCGUCUGCUGGCUCAUCAAAUUCAGACCCGCCGUUUGGCAUGCCGCCAUUCGGACGCGGUGGUGGGUUUAUGCGUGGUGGGCGAGGGAGAGGAAGAGGUGACUGGCAACCCGACCGAGGACGUCCGGCACGAACACCUUACGAUGAUCGCGGCGACCGCUAUCCCCGAAGUCGAUCUCAGGAGGCUCGAUGGGGUCGGGAUCGGGAUGACCGUGACCGUGGAGAUAGAUAUCCACCAGAUGCCGACAUCAUCAGGCGCGAUCCCCGAGAUGACCGCGAACGAAACGACCGUGAUUUAAUUCGCCCGAAGAAGGAAGGCCGACCGUCGAUAUCUCAAGAGCCGUCCACCCAAGGUCGAGACGUUUCUCCGCCUCCCGUUGCACCUUCAGCACCGGCAUUCGGAACCGUUCCCAGUCGCACCGGGGGCGAUGGUGCACCGGCGACCACAGCGACGACAACAACAAGUAAUAGUGGCAAACUUCCUCCCUCAGCUCCGCGUGUUUUGUCUGAUCGACCUGGUUCUGCUGGGAAUGCUGCGCCAAUGGACUCUUCGGCCACUGCGAGCGGUCCGAUAAGGGCGGGAAGCCAUGACAGUCCUUCUAUUCCUGUGGGACCUCGAGCGCAGCAGCAAAGGCCUUCAAGCAAACAAUGGAUCAACCCGGAUCUGAAGAAAGCUCCAGUGUCCCCCAAGAUGAUGAGGGCUCAGACAUUCACACAAUCAAGCUCGAACGCGCGACGGGAGAGUCGGGAAGCUGAUCUCCUGCAACCGGACCAAAAGAGGCCUCGUAGUAGUGACUCUGACGCUGGCCCUCGCGAAGCCAGCUUCGACAAUAGGGCCAGAUCGAAUCACAGUGCCGAGCCUGGCGAGAUUACGGUCAAGUCUGAAUCAGAGAUAUACUCGCCGCCAGCCGCAACUAGGGAGUCUGAAUCUAAACAUCCCGCCAAGGAGGACUAUCCUACCACUGCUAAUGGUACCGCGGCGAAGCACGAACCAGCUAUCAAACGAGCUCGAAAACGUCCUGCGGUUGGUGUUGUGCGAUUCGCGCUGCCCCCAAAGAUUGCCCCGAGAGACCAAGAUUCGGAGUCGGAUGAUGACGAGGAUAUGGCCGAUUACUUUGAUAUGGAAAUUGAAAAAACUGAAGCAGAACUCAGCAAGUUGCCCAAACCAAGUUUACCUACGGAAGUCCUCACACGAUUUGCUGCUUUAUCACAUGGAUCUAUGGCACGAAUAUUAAACGAGAGCGAAGGUUUGAGGGACAUUCUUGGCCCAGUUCCCGAGACACUUGAUGUCGAAAUGACCAAAGAUCAAGAUGUAACUGCACCAGUCAAGGAUACAGAUGCCGCGGGGGGGUCUAACGAGGGCGCCAAAGAACCUACGAAGGCGAAGUCUGAAGAAGCUCCCAAAACAGAUGUCGUCGACUCGAUGCCCGGUCCUGCAGCGAAAGUUGAAGAAAUGGACAUUGACCCUCCUCGAGCAGUAUCCAUGCCCGCCAGCGAUGUUCAGUCAAAGGAAGCCAGCGCCAGCAAGCCAUCUUCUCGCCCGGUAUCCCGAUCUGGUGCCUCAACGUCCGGUGCCUCCAUUAUUGCUCGCGACGGCGUGAAGCAACCGUCACAGCCGCCCGAAUCGAUUCCAGAAACCACCGAGAUUGGCUCAAAGCCGCCCAGCACGCCAUCGCAGAUACCUGAUGAAGACGACGAAACCGAAUCCGAGGACGAGGCCUAUUUGGACGUGGAGACAGUCCGUCGGUUCAUGACAACGCCGCCUAUCGACAGCUUGCCCGAUUACAGUUGUGAUUCUUGGGUCAAGGACAAGGACUUGCUGGCGACGUUUGACACAGAGCCUGUGAUUGAUGCAUAUGUCACGGAACACUUGGACAAGAUUCAUCUGCAGGAAUCCACUGGGCAACAGCAGGCACGCCAAGCUUACGCGGACAAUUAUCUCCAGUAUCUCGAUUUCACCCUUUCCAACGACCCAGCUGCGGUGAAGAGCAGAGACAAGUUUUCCGUGGCAAUUCCCAUGAUUGAACCUGUAGGCACAGUCACCCCGGAGCCCAAACCAGAAGGCCGCAGCACCGGCAGGAGGUUUGCCUCGGAGCGAGAUUUGGAGCGGGUAUUGCAGGCAUCUAUGCGGGAGGAUGAAGAGAGAAAGGAGCGUGAGUUGCGGGCUCAAAAGGAGAAAUACCGCAGCGAGAAGGAAGCAGUUAUUCCUGAGAUGCACUGGGAUGCCGAAGAGAGGGCAAAGGCUCAAUACACUGAUCGAUCUGGCUACACGCCUCAGGAUCGCUUGGUCGCAGCUUGGCACGUCCUGCCACCCAUCAACAACUUCACCGAGGAAGAAAACGAGCUAUUUGAGAAGCGCUAUCUGGAGAACCCGAAACAGUGGGGCAAGAUUGCAGAGGUUAUACCGCACCGUGACUUUGGCACUUGCAUUCAAUACUACUAUCUAAUGAAGAAGGACCUCAACUUGAAAGAGAAGCUCAAGAAGCAGCCUAAGCGGCGAAAGAAGGGCGGACGAGGCAAACAGAGAUCGAGUGCUUUGGUUUCCGAACUUGGAAAUGGCGAUGAAGGAAACGAGGAGAAUCAAGAGACUGGCGAGAACGGAGAGCGACGGAGACCACGCCGAGCUGCUGCCCCUACGUGGGGAUUCGAGCAGCCGGCGACAGACAGCGAGAAUGCUACACCAGCUGGGACUCCCGGACGACGGGGCGCUUCGGCAGCAGCUCGAGGAGAGCAGGGCGAAAAGGUGGACGGCAGAAGAGGUCGCAGACGUGCCAAGGACAAGGACAAAGACAAGGAUAAAGACAAGGACAAGGACGCAAAGGCAUCCAGGGCCAACCAAUCCCUGUCCGUCACGCCUGGAGGUGGUUCUGGAAAGGGCAGGUCUCGGUCGAGUUCCAGGGUGCCAACUGAUAUUCCAUCAGCGGCGGCGGCAGCAGCAGCAGCAGCAGCAGCAGGAGCAGUAUUACCGGUGCCCCCGGAAGCCGGUCGCGUGCUGUCGGCUGGAUUCGAGCAGAAUGUGCCUCCUGGCAUCCAUCCGCCGUUCCCUAUCCAGCAGCAGCAGCAACAGCAACAGCAACAACAGCAGGCGGCUGUUCCAGGCAUGGAACGGGUCAAGGCAAUGCCUCCAUCUUCCAUUUCAGAGGUCAUGGCAGCUCCCUCGCUGCGGCCAGAACCACCUCCACCACCUCAGCCUGCCAUGACGACGUUCAAUGUUGCGCAGCCGCAGAACGAGCGCAAGGCUCCGGCGCAAGCCUCGAGUUACUGGAGUGUUUCUGAAUCUAAUGACUUCCCGCUCUUGUUAAGAUCGUUUGGCUCUGACUGGACUGCAAUUGCAGCUCACAUGGGGUCCAAGACAGCAGUAAUGGUCAAGAAUUACUUUAUCCGUCAAAAGGACCAGGGCAAACCCGAAUGGGAGACGAUUGUGCAAGAAUCCGAUGGCAAGCGGGCCAGAGGAGAGAAGCGGCCCGAUCCACCACAGCCCACAACUGGUGGACGAGGCAGGAGAUAUGACACCUCGUCUGCAGUUGGCUCGACCAGGCCAUUGGCUGUGGCACCGGGCAUGGAAAUGCACAACGAGCCAGCCCAACCGAAGAUGGAACCGGCAAGCCAACCUCCUCGAUCCCAACCGUACUCUGGCUACGGUGUACCCAUUGCCCAAGCGCCGACGACUCAGCAGCAGCAACAGCAGCAGCAGCAGCAGCAGCAUCACCAACAACCUCCUCCUCCUCCGCCUCCACCGCAGCAGCAGCAGCUGGCCCAACCCGGACCCGGUCAACAGCAGCAGCCUCCUCUGGCUAUUCAGCAGCACGCCGUGCCUCAGCCUGCUUCACAGGCAAUGUCGCCUGGCCCCCGUCCAGCAUUGCGUGCGCCCGUCCAAGCCUUUGGCUUCCCCGAGCAACAACAGCAACAACAACAGCAGCAGCAGCAGCAACGAGAGCGUGACGUUGCACAAGGCCACCAGCGGGUGCCGUUGCCACCCAAAGGCGGUGCCAACCAGGUUCCCGAACUUCGAGACCAGCGACCGUUGGCUGCCGCUCAGCCAAUGCAACCAGCACAUCCUGACUCCAUGCUCGAGCGACAACAAAGAGAACGAGAACGCGAGCGCGAGCGUGAACGCGACCGGGACCGAGAAAUGGCCGCCAGGCAAGCCGAACAACGACAGUCGAUGCGGAUGAACCCCGAGGCAGAGCUGGCGCAGCAGCGUCAUUACGAACAACAGCAGCAGCAGCAGCAGCAGCAGCAGCACCAUCAACAGCACCAACAACAGCAAGCGUAUGGCCAUCGACACCAGUCCAGCAUUGGCCAGGGACCCCGAGGCGAACCAUUGUCGCUGUCACGGCCGCCAUCGCAGGAACCUUCUCGCUCUGUUGCCGGACAAGCAUAUCCACCGCCGAUGCAUCAGCAGCCGCCACCAGGUCACGCCGUUCGAGGCAUCAUGGAUCAUCCGUCUGCUGUGCAGUCUCCCCCUCUAGGCCCAUCGUCUCGUCCAAUGUCCUCCAUGCAACAGCGGCCACCUCCAGGCCAGGCUCAGGAGCCGUAUGGUCACGCACCGCCAGCGACUGCGGCCCCAAAUGCAUCGAGACCGCCGCCGCCGCCCGAACCUCGCAAGACUUCCAACAUCAUGUCUCUGUUAAACGACGAUCCGCCACCGGCGUCGAAACGUGUCAGCGAGGUAUCCAAUGCACCGUCUGGCCCGUCGGCAACGCCUCCGCCCCAAGGAAUGGGGAGACCACCACCUCCAGGACCUGCACCUCCUUCGCAGAUGCGUCGCGAGCCAGAACCACAGUAUUCUCCCUACGGACGAGCAUCUGGUGGUGCUUCGGCCAUGCCAUCUCUAAAGCCCACAUACGGAGGCUCGCCAAGUCAACCUCCUCUCAUGGAUGCUCCACGGUCUGGCAUGAGAAUGGCCAAUGAGCCCAUGCCUUCCGAGAGAGAUCCUUACUACCGUGGGCACGCGCCGUAUCAGCCCGGCCACCAGAGCGGAAACAACUCUCCUCAGACAUCACAUCGAUACCCUCCCGCUCAGCAGCCGCAGCCACAAUACCCCCCUCAAGGCGGCUAUCCAACCUCGUACGGCCCGGGUUCACAGCCCCCUCCUCACGCCGCGUCUCCUCCCCCAUACGGCGGCCACGGAGCCCCGUCUAGAUCGCGAGAAGUUCCUCCCUCCGGCCGAGAUAAUGCCUGGCCACAGCAGGCUGCCGCAGCCAACGCGUGGCCAACUCAGCCGUCGAAAUCAUCCCAGGGCCCUCCACCCCAACAGCAAUGGGCACCACCACACCCUUCAUCGACACCGAAACCAUCUACUCCUGCUCAGGCAUGGGCGUCUGCCCCUCCCCCUCAGCACGUGGGCAUGAGGGACGAGCGCGGUGCUCCGGUAUACGCUGCCAGUUCGCAGCCACCCCAACACUCCAUGCAAAGUCGAUACCCACCACCAGGAUCCCGUGCCCCGGAACCGGUGCCCUCGCCGGCACAGGGCUACGCUCGAUACGCAUCGACACCUGGUCCUGGGGUAAGAGAUCCCAGAGAACCACCCCGUAGCUACACGCCGGGCUACGAUGCUCGCGGUCCACCACCCGGAACGGGGUAUCCUGCACCCGAUCCAAGGGAGAUGCAGAUGCGGGAUGCCAGGGACCCAAGAGAUCCUAGAGACCCGAGAGACGUCAUGGGUAGGGGGUUACGGCCGCACGAGUACGAGAGGCAUCCCGAUCAGUAUAGGCGGUGA